UGUGUUUUCUUUUGUGUUUCCCUGUAAUUUGUUUUGUGUUUUUUUUGUGUUUUAAUAAAAUUCUGAUUGUUUUACCUAUUAAAAACAUUUUGUUUUUAACAAACAAUGUUUGUGUUUUCGUGUGUUUUUGUUUCGAUUGUGUUUUCGUAAAAACAUUAAUUAAAACAUGUUUUUGUUGUUGUUGUUUUAAUGUUUAAUGUGUAAACAUGUUUAAUUAGUAAAACAUGUGUUUCCGGAAUUUGUUUUCCGGAAUAUUGUUGUUGUACUAUAAAAGCCCUAUUGUCAUUCCGAACAUUUAUUAUUCCUCUCAACUUUCCCCAAACUUAAAUUUAAUUUCUUUUACUAAAAAAUUUUUUUCUGUUUAAGAAUGAAAAGCUCUCAUUUUGGACUUCUUUUCCUUUCUAUUUUAAUUAUUUUUGGUGGCUUCUCGGCACUUUUGUGGUUCUUGCCAUUAUCUUCUCUUCCAUUAUAUGACAAAAAUUUUAAUAAAGAAUGUGCUCGUCAUCAAGUAAAAAUACCCCUUGUUUUGGUCAUUAUCGCCUGUGCAUCGGCCGUUCUCUGUGCUUCUCUUAAUUUUGUAUUUGUUGUUGGGAUAUAUUUGGCAUGCCGGAAACAGAUCAGCUCCUUAUUGGAUUUAAUCAAACAACACUUGUUUGAAUUGAUGGAUAUGCUUCUUCGAUUAUUGAUGCCGACGAAACUUUUAAAAAUUGUUUCUAAAGAUGGGAAGAAAUAAAUAUAUAGAAUAUGUUGUGUUUUGUCUAAUUUAUUUGUAAAUAUUUGUUGUGUUUGUAU